CUCUCUCUCUCUCUCUCAUCCCACCGCUUCCUCGUCUUCCUCCUCUCUCCCUCUUCACCGUCUCCGGCGGCGGCCGCUGCUCGCGUGCGUUGGCGUGACGUGACCCCGGCGGCCGGCGCCGUGGUGGUGUGGAAUUUGGGUUUGGAUCGGCGGGGAGGGAGUGAGUAAUAAGUGGGAGGCAGUUGGGGGAGUGUAACUUUGGGCAUUGAUGGCGGGGUAGAGAGGUGAGCCCCCAAGGAGGGUGGUGGUGGUGGUAGUGGUGGCUGCUUCUGUACCUGCGUUUGCUCUGCGCCCUCUCCUUUAUUGCGUUUAAUUUCCCUCCCAAUUCCGUCUCCGCUGCCUGCCUGGCCUCUCCGCGAAUCCAUCCUUACUUUGGACGCGCGCGCGGGGGUGGGAGUGGAGGAAUGGGGAGUGGCGGCGGCGGCGGCGGCAGAGGUGGUGGAGGUGGCUGGAGGAGGAGAUGAUGCGCGCUGGUUUUGGUAGUGGUGGUGGGCUCUGGGCGCUGCUGCUGCUUGUGGCGCUGGUGGCGGCGGCGGCGCCCGGGGCGGUGGUGGGGCAGGCGAACCUCACGUCGCGGGCGGAUCUCUCGGCGCUGUACGCGCUGCGGGGCUCGCUCGGGCUGCGUGCGCGGGACUGGCCUCGCCGCGCCGACCCCUGCACGGCGUGGGCCGGGGUGGGGUGCCGCGGCGGCCGCGUCGUGUCGGUCACCCUCGUCGGGCUGCGCCGCACGCGGCUGGGCCGCCUGGCCCCGCGCUUCGCUGUCGACGGGCUGCGCAACCUCACGCGGCUCGAGGCCUUCAGUGCGGCGGGGUUCGGCCUGCCCGGCUCUAUCCCGGCGUGGCUCGGCGCCGGGCUCGCGCCCACCUUCCAGCUCCUCGACAUCUCCAACUGCGCCGUCACGGGGGAGAUCCCUGCCUCGGCCAUCGCCGGCCUCAGCAACCUCACCGUUCUCAACCUAGCAGGGAAUCUACUCUCGGGGCAGCUCCCGGGCAGUGCUCUCGCCGGGCUCCCGCGUCUCAGUAGACUCAACCUCUCAGGCAAUGCCUUCUCAGGCGAACUACCCAAGGCAGUCUGGUCGCUCCCGGAGCUGAGCGUUCUCGACGUGUCUCAGACCAACCUCACCGGCACAUUGCCAGAUACAGGGCUUGCGCUUCCAUCCAAUGUGCAGGUAGUGGAUCUGUCCGGGAACCUCUUCUAUGGUGGUGUGCCAGGCCCCUUUGGCCAACUCUUUGGUAGGACGGCAUUGGCCAAUAUCUCUGGGAAUUACUUCGAUGGCAAGCUGGGUGUGUCCAAGGGUGAUGUUGGAAAUUUCUCAUUUGAGUUGAAUUGCUUCGUUGACGUUGCGAGCCAGCGUAGCCAGGCAGAUUGUCAGCAGUUCUAUGCUGCACGGGGGCUCAUUUACAUGAGUCCAGCUCCUGCACCCACACUGCAGCCUGCUUUGCCAGCUUCACCGGGAAGGAAAAAAAGACGCAAGAAUUUGAAGUACAUACUGAUUGGAGCGAUUGGUGGGGGUGUCCUGCUGUUAGCUGUUAUUGCAGCCAUUUUGUAUUGCUUGGUCUGCUCCGGGAGUAGGACGAAUAGGAGUAGGAAUGAUCAGAGGGAAAGUGGAGAACGAAACACACAGUUGGGAGCUUCUGGAACUGGUGGGGGUGCAGUUGCUGCUGGCAUGCAAUCUUCUACAUCACCCGCAAACCUAGCAAAGGUUGGUGAUUCAUUUGGUUAUGACCAGCUUGUUGAAGCCACCGCAAGUUUUGACGACGAUAGGCUUAUCAAGCAUGGUCACUCUGGUGAUCUUUACAUUGGUGUGCUCCAUGAUGGCACCUCCGUGGUUGUGAAGAAGAUAACUUCCAGCAUGUCUAGGAAUGCUUAUAUGGCGGAGUUGGAUUUAUUUGCUAAAGGGUUGCAUGAAAGGCUGGUGCCAAUCAUGGGGCAUUGCCUUGAUAAAGAGGACAAGUUUCUCGUGUAUAGGUUUGUUCGGAAUGGUGACUUAUCAAGUGCACUGCACAGAAAGUCAGGGGAGGAAGAAGAAGGACUGCAAUCUUUGGACUGGAUAAAGAGGCUGAAGAUUGCAACAGGGGUGGCAGAGGCACUAUGCUAUCUACACCACGAGUGUAAUCCACCAAUGGUUCACAGGGAUGUGCAAGCUAGCAGUAUCCUUCUUGAUGAUAAAUUUGACGUGCGCCUUGGGAGCUUGAGCGAGGUGUGUCCUCAAGAAGGGGAAGGUCACCAAAAUGUCAUCACAAAGCUUUUGAGAUUUUCAUCGACGGCAGAUCAAGGUUCUUCUGGUGCUCCAUCUGCAUCUUGUUCAUAUGAUGUCUACUGCUUUGGAAAAGUUUUGCUGGAGCUGGUGACAGGAAGGCUGGGUACCAGUGCAUCAAAUGAUGCUGCAACAAAUGAGUGGCUCGAUAGCACUCUGCGCUACAUUAAUAUUUAUGAGAAAGAGCUCAUGAGCAAGAUCAUUGAUCCAUCACUUAUAAUUGAUGAGGACCAUCUGGAGGAAGUCUGGGCAAUGGCAAUUGUUGCAAAGUCCUGCUUGAAUCCUAGGUCUUCUAAACGCCCGCCGAUGAAAUAUAUCCUAAAAGCACUAGAGAAUCCAUUGAAGGUUGUGAGGGAAGAUAACGGUGGCUCUAGCUCAGCCCGGUUAAGAGCAACAUCUUCACGCGGAUCAUGGAAUGCUGCAUUCUUUGGGAGUUGGCGGCAUAGCUCGUCCGAUAUAGGUCCUUCAAGGGAUGACAACUUGUUCAAACGCUCAGAGACAAUCAAAUCAUCUGGAGGGAGCAAUGGUGAUCAUUCUUCCUCCCGCAGGAGGCAAUCUAAGGAGAUCUUCCCUGAGCCAUCUGGCUCACGUGACACGGAGGAUUAAGAAACUUUCUUUCAUCUUGUGACCCUUUUGGUGCGAGGCAAGGUCCAUCAAGGGCAGCUGUUGAAGCACUGCUGCUACCUUGUGUUGAAUUAUUUUCAUCUGACAGAUCAAAGUGUGAAUUUCCUCCUCAUUGACUUCACAGGCAGCAUACUGGCACCAGGGGUGCCAUUUUUCGGGGUGGACUGGGAAGCGGUCGUAUAGUGGAUUAGUGGUUGGUGCCGAUGUUCUGGACAAACGGCUUGGGGUUGCUUCGGUUUCUCUCCAAUGUUCUUAUUUCCUUCCCCCCUCUUGAUUUAAAAAAGAAAGAAUGGCGAGCUGAUUCUUUUUCUUCUUCACUACUGUAAUUGAUUGUUUCAUUGUUGAUCAUAGCAGAAAUGUUCGUUCCAUUCACGUUUGGCAGCGUCUGGUUUUGUGCUGCUUU